AUGCUCUCCUGCAAGACCUUCCUGAAGCUCUUUGCCGUGGCUGUGGCCCUCUCCGACUUCACUGCGGAUGCCGGCCAUGUUUCCGACUGUGAGAUGAUCUACGACCCGGUCUACGACCCGGUCACACCGGCGCCCACCGUCCCAGUUUCCCUGAACGACCAGCUUCCGGUCGAGCCCACGCUGGACACGCAGGACAUGUCACUGACCGAUGUCGAGAGCGAUUCGGCUAUUCAACAAGAUGCGUUCAUUCCUUCCAGCAGCGGGUACGGAGACGUCCCUGCCCCGGCGGAUGGCAUCACACAAGACACCACUAGCGUCGAUGUUCCUGUUGACAACAUCCCUGCCCCGGCUGAUGGAAUCAGCGGAGGAUCCACUGGUGUCGAUGUUCCCGCCGACAACGUGCCUCCAGCCGACGGCAUUAGCGGAGACAUCACUGGUGUCGAUAUUCCUGCCGACAAUGUGCCCGCCCCUGCCGACGGUAUCAGCGCAACACCAGCCCCCACCACUACCGACAGUGAUGUCGACAUUUAUGCCCCGGCGGUCGGCGUCACUCAAGGUUCCGAUGUCGAUGCCUCUGGCAGCUCGGACGACGAAGCUCAAACUCCGUACUCGUCCGGCACGGAUAGCACCAGCGGAUCCGCUGAUGUCGAUGCACCUGGUGUAGCGACGCUCCUGAACAGACCGACAGCGCCAGCGGGUCUAAAGUUGACGCCGACAGCAGCUGUGUACGGAGCUAAAGCCCCGUACCCCUCCACCACUGGCAGUGGCAGCGAUGACGACAACGUCGACAACAGCGACUCGGCUAGUGCCGAAGGUGGCGACGACAACACUGUUCCUGCUACCAAAGGCGGUAAAAGCGGCGUCCAAGGAAGCGGAGGUAACUCGCCCAGCGGUGACAUUAAAUCCCUUGGUGGUGAAGUCGAUGGUGGUGCCAAGGCUGACGGCUUUGCGAACGAAGAAGCUAAGGGCGGAAUUGCUACUGACGCCGUCACUGUCACCAACAACGGCGCCAAGGUCGACGGCAGCAUUACUAGCAGUGCCAAGGAUGACGGCGAUUUAAACAGCGGAGCUGGCGUUGACGGCCACGCGAAGGGCGGCUUCAACGCUGGUUUGAACAUUGGUCUUGGACGACUUGGUGGUGUGUCGCUCGGCGUUGGUGUUAACGGCGGCGUCGGCCACGGUACGGGUGGCAACGGCGGACUGUCUGCAGGCGUGGGCCUCGAUGUCAACGUCGGUGGGGAUCAUGCGGGCUUUAACGCUGGUGCUGGUCUCAAUGCUGGAGCUGGACUUGGAGCCAACGCAGGGCUCAAUGCCGGUGCCGGUCUGAAUGCCGGCGCUGGGCUAAACGCUAGAGCCGGCCUCGGCGCAAAUGCGGGACUUCACGCCGGAGCUGGGCUUGGAGCUAAUGCCGGCGUAAACGCAGGGGCUGGGCUAAACGCUGGAGCUGGCCUCGGUGUGAACGCAGGCCUCAAUGCCGGUGCCGGACUUCACGGUGGAGUUGGUCUUGGCGCGAACGCAGGCCUCAAUGCCGGUGCUGGCCUCAUUGCUGGAGCUGGCCUGAACGCCGGGGCAGGCCUAGGCGCCCACGCAGGCCUGGACGCCGGAGCUGGCCUGAACGCCGGCGCUGGGCUUAACGCUGGUGCAGGUCUAAACGCCGGCGCUGGGCUUCACGCUGGAGCUGGCCUUGGUGCCAACGCAGGAUUGAACGCUGGCGCAGGCCUAGGCGCCAACGCGGGCUUGAAUGCUGGAGCUGGUCUUCACGCUGGAGCUGGGCUUGGAGCCAACGCAGGUUUGAACGCGGGUGCUGGCCUUGGUGCAAACGCAGGCCUGAAUGCUGGAGCUGGUCUCCACGCGGGUGCGGGGCUCAAUGCCGGUGCUGGGUUGAACGCUGGUGCUAGCCUUGGAGCUAACGCAGGCCUAAACGCUGGAGCUGGGCUCAAUGGCGGUGCCGGCGUUGGAGCGAGCGCGGGUGCCGGUGUCGGUGCGAACGCUGCUGCUGAUCACGGUACGAAUGGUGCCGUGUCUGCGAGCGCCCACGCUGGCCGCCGUCUUCGAAGCAUCUAG